AUGGCGGACCACCAUCAUCCCGAAAACAAUGGAAGCCCUCUAUCUACACCUUUUGAAGAAGAGCACAUCCAAUAUCAGAAUGGAAAUUCCGCUGAUAUUAACAACACUGAUUUAGUUUACCAAAGAAUGAACACAGACUUUAGCGUCGGCGCUGAUUUAUACACAAGAAUGCAUUCUGAUGUUUACACUCACCACGCAGAUACUCAAUACAAUGUAAAUUCUUACUCGCAACCACCAAAUGAGAUCGUGGAUCGCGAAGUUGUCAUUGAAGAAAGUCCAAACUUAAGAUAUGCUAAGUUAAAUACAAUUUUAGGAAAGGGCGCUUAUAAAGUUGUAUAUAAAGCUAUAGAUCGUGAAGAAGGUUAUGAAGUCGCGUGGAACUGCUUUCAAACCACAAGAGCAGAAUUCAAUGACUUGAGCCAAGAAAUUAAAAUAUUAAAACAAGUUCGACAUCCUAAUAUUAUUAAUUUUCAUGAUUGUUGGUACAAAGAUGCUGAGUUUAUUUUUGUUACAGAAUUAAUGACUUCAGGGACGUUGCGGGAAUACAUUCGAAAACUUUCAUUGCCGAAUAUGAAAAUAGUUAAACGAUGGUCUCGUCAAAUACUUAAAGGGCUGAUAUACCUUCAUUCACAUAAUCCACCUAUCAUUCACCGCGACAUCAAAUGUGAUAACAUCUUCAUCAAUGGCGCACACGGUGAAGUUAAAAUUGGUGACAUGGGAACCGCCAAGAUGAAGUUGGGAAAAAAGUAUACCGUCAUCGGAACUCCCGAGUUCAUGGCACCUGAAAUGUACGAAGAAAAAGGUUAUAACGAAAAAGUCGAUAUCUAUGCGUUUGGCAUGUGUCUUCUAGAAAUGGUUACUGGCGAAUACCCUUACGGGGAAUGUAAGAAUGCUGCACAGAUUUAUAAAAAAGUUUCUCAGUUAACAUUACAAGUCGUAUUUAAAGGAAUGGAUAAGCUAUCGGUGAAAUUUGAGUUCAACGUGGAAAGAGACACAGCAGAAGAAGUGGUUAACGAAAUGAUAGAGGAACAAGUGCUUCCAGAGAAGUACCAACAAUUGAUUACUCAUGAAAUAAAUCGUAUUUUACGGGACAUCAGCAAGCAAUCAAAUGAAGACGAUCCAAAUAAAGAAGAACAUAAAACACCGUGGCCAAGCCACGGUGGAAUGUCGCCACAUUUGACACCUCAUAAGUCUUCUCAUGGUCCAUCUCCUUCACCAAUUAAUUUGGAACGUGACAGUCCUAAUGGAACCAUUACGCAAUCAUAUCCUGUACAACCAACAAUAAUGCCAACCGAGUCGCCACGAAAGAAUUCAAUUUCUGGCCAACCACAUGAUUGGUCCGAUUAUGAAGAUACAAUUCCAGCCAAAGAAUAUCCGGAUAAAACUCCGAUUAACCAAUUUGUUUGUGACGUUGCAAUUGCAAUCAACCGAGACGUGGAUAAAGCAAACGAUUGGUCGGAGAAGUUAAAAAGUCAGGACGUUAUGACUGUUGGCGAUUUACGUGCACUAACAAACGAAGAUUGGACACAAAUUGGAUUAACAGUCUUUGCGAUACGUGUCCUUAAGAAUGCCUUACAUGGUAAGACAUUGCGCAGUCCAUAUAUUAUUCCUAGGACAAAUAGUGCAGCCAGUACAAGUACAAGUGGUGGAGAGGAAAACCCUCAGGAAUGA